AUGGCGAGCGUGAUCAACAACCUCUUUGGGGCCAAAUCCUCAGACAGCCCUGAGUCGACGCAGGCUGCCGGCGAUGCUGACUUCGCCGACUACCAGGCUGCCGACCCGUCUCCGGCUCCCGUCGUGCCCGAGUCCUCGACAGCGAACCCGUUCGGUGCCGCGCAGACCAUCCAACCCUUCACAAAGUGGUACAAUGUUCACGAGCGCCAUAGCUUGUCCGAGUUCAAGACGGAGGGUCUCAUCCUGUCCGUCAUCGCCGCGGUGCUGCUCCUUCACCUGUUCGGCGCCCGUCUGAACCGCAACAAGGCCAAGAAGUGGAUUCGCGCCCACGCCGCGCCAUUGACCUCGGAGUUUGCCUCCGUUGGCUUUACCGGCGUUCCUCCGGCCGUGGCGGACAAGAAGGGUGAUGAGCUGCUCCAGGCCCUCAUCGACACGAACACGCGCCAGGGCGACAGCCUGCUCAGGGAGAACAGCCUCUUUGAGUUCGCCACCUACGCGACCGGUCGCGCUAACGUUGCCUUCCUCGACGUUAAGCUCACCCUCGUGAAGCGUUUCAACCCGCUCACCGUGCUCUUCGAGACCGCCUUUGCUUUCUUUACCGAUAGCGGCGCCGAGACCCAGGACAUCCUCGAGGCCACGUUGUACCCCUUCGACGGCAAGGAGGCGCUUACCGUCCCCGGAAUCCCGGGUGCCGCCGAGGCGCGUAGCAAGGAUGGCAAGAGCGCCUUCGACGGUUUCGUGUGGGCUCUUGUCCACAAGGAGCGCAUGAAGCAGGUCCGUGAGGACCGCUACGACGUGUCGCUCACCGUGACCAAGGACCACGCCAAGCUCCCCAACUGGCUCACCGUCAUGACCGAGAGCGCCGAGAUCACUGACGCUCUGCUCACCCCGGAGCUGAUCAAGGCCGCCGAACUCGCCGGAGACCUGUUGGAGUGCCUCAUCAUCACGGACCAACCGGUUGAGAAGCCCAAGACCCUCAACGACACGACCCCCCGCAAGCGCGUCUUCCUCCGGUACCGCCUCCCGUCGGACAACGACUACGGCAAGCUGGUUCCGCUGUUCAAGCACUUCCUCCGCAUCACGGACCGGCUGGUGCAGGGCCCGCGGUUCCGGCCCGAGGUGCUGCGCAAGGUGAAGGCGGCGCGCGAGGCGACGACGCGGCAGAUCCAGAAGGCCGACGAGGAGGAGCGCGCCGAGGAGCGCGCCGCCGAGCGCGAGCGCCUCAAGAAGGCCAAGCGCGACCAGGAGCUCAACGCCCUCGACGCCAAGGCCCAGAAGAAGUACCUCGAGCGCGAGCGCGAGAAGGAGAUGAAGAAGAGCAUGCGCAAGCAGACCACCCGCGGGUAA